AUGGCUGGAUUAUUCUUCGAUAACACCGAGAGACAAACCCGUCUCAAAGAUCUCUUUGGAAGCUUCAACGACAUCCGUCAGGAGAUUUCGGAUACCAUCGCGUCAGUGGUUGAUGAAAGUGCUGAGCUGAAGAAGGCUCUUGAGACCCUCCAAGGCCAAGGAAAAGUCGCGUCCAUGCAAGAACUCGAAGCAAAGGCGAAGGCCCAGAUGACGGAAAAGGAGUAUGAAGAAUACAAAGAGCUAAUCAAUAGCGUGGAGAAGACGGACCAUGACCUAUGGGUCGCCUGGUCAGUGAUGAUGUGGGUCGACGCUGGCUACGCUACAGUCAUGUUGCCCAUUGAGAUUACAUCCAGAAUUGGGGCCUUCAUGGUAGGACGAGCUUUGAAUCAAGCCGUCAACGCUGCCCAAGUGGGGCUAAAUAUCCCGGCUGCUGCUCAGAACCUCGCCGCCAAUGGAGCGCGAGCUAUGCGACCCCGUGCUGGAGCAUUUCAUAUUCCAGCUGGAGCCCCUCAGCUUGCGAGACUUCAACGACUAGAAAACUUCCAGAAACUUAUGAGCAAGAUUUCCAGGAUCGGGAGAAUCGUUGGUUUGGUUCUACUAGCCGCUACCUUGGUUCUGGUUGCAGUCGACUUGAUCAUCCAGGACAACCAAAGAACCGAUCUCAUGAAAGCUAUCAAAGACUUGUACGGUGCCCGCCAUAUUAUCAAACAGCUUGCUAUGGCACUCAAGUCCGAAGCAAAGCAUGUUACUGACGCACGGAUUUUGCUCAACGAAAGGGCGACAAAAGAGAGCACACUCUCAGCUCUGGUCGCCAGCAAGGAUAUAACCGUCGAGAAGAAGAACGAGAUCAUGGCGAAAUACGACGCGGAGAAGAAAGCUGAAGUCGAGGCGAAGUCACCCAACGGCGGUAUUCCUCUACCUUCUGACAAGGACGUCUAUGAUGUACUGAAGGCGAGAGACGACCUGCAUAAAUCAUGGCAAAACAACGACCCAGAUUACCAAGGUCUCCUAGAUUGGUUGAAAGAAGAAGCCGAAAAGCCGGACGAAAAGCAUUAA